UGUCCGCCACAAAUGUCCUGUGGGGGGCAGCAACGUGCCUGUGUGGCGUUGAGCCGCACGAUUAUCCUCACAGAGGUAGACGGAGCGUCACCGCCACAAUUCAGGCGCCAUUUCCCUUCUCAUUCAUUGGCGGCGAGGCCUGUUUCUCUUUUUUACUGGUUCCAUUGGCAGUCAUGGUGAAAAUAUUCAUCGGCAAUCUUGCCAGCAACAGCAGCCCAGAGGAGCUUCGAGCCCUCUUUGAGAAGUAUGGUAAAGUCACUGAAUGUGACAUAGUCAAAAACUUUGGCUUUGUACACAUGAGCAGCUUGUCCGAGGCGGAGGAGGCCAUUCGGAACCUCAACCAGCACCUGCUGAAUGGCUGGCGCAUUAACGUGGAGCUGAGCAAAGGCAGGCCAAAGUCCAGCACCAAGCUGCAUGUGGGCAACUUAGGAGAAGGCGUUACCAACGAAAUUUUGCGGGGCAAGUUUGAAGAGUUUGGCUCGGUAGUAGAGUGUGAUGUAGUGAAGGACUUUGCCUUUGUUCACAUGGAAAGAAUGGAAGAUGCCAUGGAAGCCAUUAAUAAGAUGGACAACACUGCCUUCAAAGGCAAACUGAUGAGUGUACAACUGUCCACCAGUCGGCUUCGCACCGCCCCGGGAAUGGGAGAUCAUACCGGAUGCUUUGUCUGCGGGAAACAUGGUCACUGGUCAAAAGAUUGUCCAGUCGAUCGCAACAAUAGCCAGAACGAAGAAGACAUGAGAGGUCACGGCGGUCGGGGAUCUCCACGCGGUCCCCCAGGUUUCGGAAGGGGAGGCCCCGGACGGGGUGGCUUUGACAGGGGUGGCCACGGAAUGGCCCCCGCUCCACCUGAUUACAUGCAAGGCUCUGCGUAUAGUCGGCCAAGUUAUGGCGCAGGAAUGCCGCCUCCUCCGCGGAGGCCUGGUGGCGCUGAGGUGGGAGAUCGGUACGGUGAGAGGUCACCAGUUUACGGCCGUGAACGUGCUUAUAGCAGCAGUGUUGACUACUAUGAGAAGUUCAGAGCUCGCCCUUUCGGCUCAAGCUAUUUCGAGGAACGCCGUAUGUCCUAUCUCCCUCCUCCCCCUCCCCCACCCCCACCUCCUCCUCCCUCUUCCCUCCCAAAGUACUCGAGUAUGGAUCCGUACGACCGGCGUCCCCCGCCUCCUCCAGUGCCGACCGCUUCCGCCGCGGCUUACUAUGCGAGAGAGCACAACCCAAUCAGCCGAGUACCCAUCUCCUCGGCAGGCUAUGCCUACGAGCGAAAACGCCUGUCGCCCGUGCCUGUGGCUAGGGGCCCGUACCCGGUGCCACGGCCGAAGGAGCACUAUGUACAGCGCUACGCUCCUUACUAAGCCCAAGGUGUGUUGCAGACUUUCCGUGGCGGUCAUUUGGUCAGCUUCCUGACUCCCAUCAGUCUGCGUCGUUUUUGGAAACUUCAGAAUGGAAAUUGUUUCAACACCUGCAGCACAUAGAGUCCCACUUUUUUUGUUCUUGCUGCAGAUUGUCAGUUAAGCUACAUUUAUACCUGUAGUUUUCAAUUAAGAAUGUUCAAUAGGUCCACGCUGAUCUUUUAUCAUUUUUGGCUUGUUUUGCAGAUAUUCAGCUCACUUUUAUUCAUGUCUUUUUUUAAUCUUUUUUGUUUACUUGUGUAAUGGAGCAUUAAAUCAACAUUUAUACAAACAUUGGGUUGGGUAAAGCUCUUUGACUUUAAUUUGGUUUCAUGGACGUCGCUUUUGUUGUGCUCAGAGGGAUUUUUUGUGUUUGUUUUUCUUUUUAGAACUUAAUACAAAGAUGGUUUUCCCUUUCUGUGUUAUUUUUAUUUAAUAAGGGGCACAUGAUGGAACGCAUCGUGCUUCAUAUUGAAUACCACCUAAAAAUCAUCCCAUUGCCAUCAAUUUCUCACUGAACUGCUGUGAGGACAAGACAUUCCAGCCUCCCAUUUAUUCAAUUUGUGCUAACAAAAGUUGUAUUUUAUAUCCUUUUUUUGAAGUGACAGUUGUUGAAAUAAAGUGUCAUAAAUGGCAGCCAGAUGUGUAA